UCCCGGCUGAUAAUGAUCCUAUCUUUGGUCUUAACGGCAUUAUGUAUGGUAUCGUCACCGACAGAACUGGCAAGGGAACGGUUUACCGCAUUAGAGCCGAUCUGCCACGAAAGUCGCCCAAAGUGUAUGGUGAUAAUGGCAUUCCUCUAGGCUCCUGGUACCCUUUCCAGAUAUGUGCUCUUUUCUGGGGUGCACACGGUGCGAGAAUGGGCGGCAUCGCUGGUAGUGUGGCCACGGGUGCUUGGUCAAUUGUAGUAGCUGGAACCUAUGAAGAUCUUGACACCGACGACGGCAAUACGCUAUACUAUUCGGGCUCCAACAGCCAUGACAACACGAACCCAAGACAAGCAGCUACGCCCAGCCAAGGCACCAAGGCGCUGCAUGCGUCCUACAGAACUCGGAACCCAGUUCGGGUUCUUCGCUCUGGGGGUUCGUUCAACUCCCGCCAUCAAAAUCCGCACCUACCAUCCUGUGGUUUACGCUACGAUGGCUUAUAUCGUGUUGUAGGUUAUCGACAGCGACUUAACAAGAAGGGUGGCCUGUAUGACCAGUUCAAACUUGAGCGCCUUGAGGGUCAGACUCCUCUUAGUGAGUUGGAGCGUAACUUCCCUACUACUGAGCAGUAAGUACCAGAAAUUCCCUUUUUGCCACUUGCUACAUGAUCUGUAAACCUCGAGCCUAAUUUAACUAUCCCAGGAUAUUCGCUCGUGAUCGACUGCAGACAUCAAGCUAAGGAGGGAGUGUAAUAAAAAUGGGGUAGUGAAAUGACAAAGUUCAAGAUUCAGGUAUCAGUGGACUCAAAAGAUUAGGCAUGUUGUUUCUGUAUUUGAAAAAUCUUGCGCUCUGAGCGGCGCGCUCGAAAUCACGUUAAACGUGGAAUAGUACUGGAUUGAGUCCUGGAUGGAAGGACAAGUAGAUAUCCAUAGUAGCUAGUUCGGAUGAAUGAUAAAACAAUCAACCUUGAA